AUGUGCUCUAGUAAGAGUCUAGACAGUGCUGCUGACCACAUUGGGCAAGAAAAAACUCGGCAUGGGGAGCUGAGAUUGAAUGAUUCCCUUAGAAGGCAAGGUUUGCCAGUGGUUCAACCAAUGACAUUGCUCCAAAAUCCCUUUUGGUUGUAUACAAGUCCGCUUCGGCAAUGGGCGCUUAAUGAGUGCUUAGGCAGUAUACUCAAUAACACGAGUAGGUGUCCUACCCAAAGAGGAAGUAGGACAAGACGUGGUGCCCAUGGAGCUCACAAAAAUGCAGAAAAUCUGUCAAAUAUACAGAAGCACCCAAUAGGAGAAUACAUAUGGAACACAUCUGAGGCACGAAUAGGCACUUUGACAUCUGCAGAGGCACAUGGCUAUGGGGCAGCCUUUGCCAUAUUGGGCGCCACUGGAAGUGUUUCUUGGGCCCUCACCCCAGGACAAAGCACUGAGCCACAGCAUUUGUUUGGUGGUGUUGGUGCAAGUCGCAUCGUCUGGGUCUGA